UCGGCGGCCGCGUAGUAUCGCCGCGUCCGGGAUGUCGCUCAUGGAACCAAGAUGGCAUCCGAGGACGGUGCGGGUAUCGUGUCAAACGUAGGAUGUGAUGUAAAUAAUACGAGCCAGCGGGCAACCGAGUUAGUUGCGAGCGGAGCAGUGAGCGUCGCGUCACCCGGGACGGCGGCGCGUACCGUCGCCGAGGAGACGGACGACCGCGCGCGCGAUCCCGCGCGUAAUUCGCCGAGGACGCCCACGGGUCUCCCUGCAGCGUCACCGUUUCACGCGAACACGGAAGGGCACGCGUUACGGCGAGACACGGGCCUCGCAGGCUCGUCUGGUGAUGCGGCUCAACUGGCCGCGAGCAGCGAGCCCGACAACGAAACGCAUCAGCCGUCCCCCCGGCCACGGCGCAGCAUGUCUCACCCUGGUAGCGACCUGGACGACACCGCUUGUCUUCCGGGAGAGCCAGACGGAAGUCCAGAUCAUUGCAACAAUGAUGUAGUAAAAACUACUAAGGAACCAGUCGAACAUAUUGCACAUACCGAUUUGACACGUAACAACGACACAAUGUUGUCUGGAGAUGUACACAUGUUAUCCACAAAAGCGAAAUUAGAAGGAUGCGUGAAUUUCUCCAACAAUACACCACAAUUAGGGGAGAGUCCACAAAGUAAUGGCGAAGUGAUCAGUAGUCCAAGAAGUCCCGACUAUCCUCCGAGAGUCUCUGUCAGCCCUGAUCCUCAUAGUCCAGAUACGAUGUUUCCCAUCAGCAUGAUGUCGGCGAAUUCUACAGUUAUCAUGGACACGGCAAAGUAUAAUGAAGAGAACACUGACAAUGUGGCCACGUGUGUAAAUAAAGUAACCGACAAGUUUUGCCCAUCGCCGAACAAGAUAAACGAUUCACAAGUUGGCAUUACAAAAACAGAAUCGAGCGAGCAGCAAGAAGCUGCCGGAGAGGAAGAUAUUAAAGACAGCGAUUUGAUAACAGAGCCAUUCGAGAUUAAGAAAGAACCCGCGGAUUCGCAGGACGAGCUUCAAGUUAAAUCCGAAUGGGCGAAAGACAACUUUUCAGUCGAACAGAGGAUAGAAACAGAGAUGGCAACAGUGGUCCAAGACAAGUCUACGAAUUCCGUUGCUAAUCCAUCUUCUAGUUCGCACUCGAAACCUUGUUCGUCUUCGAGAGAGAAACGCUCGAAGGAAGACAGACGAUAUUGUUCACGGUGUCACAAACGCAAAGGAAUAAAAAGAGCGAGCAUUGGUGUGCAAUGCAAACGGGACCGUCACAUUUUGUCUUCGUUGAGCAGCAAGGUUAUCCCCUUCUCGAAGUCCGUCAAUGAAAACCUAAGAUUAAAUCUCCAAACGAAAAACUACAAGAUGUUAAACAAUCCGGUAACGAAAAGGGAGCUGCUGGAAGGCCUAAAGUACAAAAAGUUCAUCCACAUAGAGACGUACCCUAACGGUGGUGCGUCCGUUGUCCAUAUGUUUCAAGAUGAGAUUGGUACUUUAACAAAUGAACAAAUGCAAGAAUUGGCGCAGGAGUACUUCAAGGUGGUUUUUGGGGAAGAUGAAAAUGGAAAUGCUCAUCAUGUUAUGGGCAUAGUACAUAACGCGGCUGCAUAUCUACCCGAUCUUCUGGACUACAUGGCAAAUAGUUAUCCCACGUUAACUGUAAAAAACGGGGUGCUGGGUAGAAACAGCGAUAUAGAAACAACCACGAUGGUUCAAUACAAAGAUCAAGUUUGUAAAGCUUAUAGUAAUGGUACUAUUAGAUACGGGCCGUUGCACCAAAUAAGUUUGGUGGGCACUGUUCACGAAGAAGUCGGCGGAUAUUUUCCAGAUCUACUACAAAAAUUAGAAGAGAAUCCGUUUCUAAAAAUGACAAUGCCUUGGGGACCUCUGUCCGUCGUGAAGAUGGAUACGCCGCAAGAGUCAAACGACGGACCUAUCUUGUGGAUCCGACCGGGCGAACAGCUGGUACCAACGGCCGACAUAAACAAGAGUCCGUAUAAACGACGCAGGACGGGCAUUAACGAGCUGAGAAAUUUGCAGUACCUACCGCGGCUCAGCGAGGCUCGAGAGUACAUGUUUGAGGAUCGUACAAAGGCGCAUGCCGAUCACGUUGGCCACGGAUUGGACAGGAUGACUACGGCGGCGGUCGGCGUGCUGAAAGCCAUCCACGGCGGCCAGGCGUCCCAAUACAAUAGAAUCACGAAGGACGUCGUGGCCUUUUACGCGGGCGACUUCACUGAACUUGUGGAGAAGUUGCAACUGGACUUGCACGAGCCGCCGAUAUCGCAAUGCGUACAGUGGGUGGAAGACGCAAAGUUGAAUCAAUUGCGCCGACAAGGUGUUCGUUACGCCAAGAUAAAUCUUUACGACAACGACAUAUAUUUUCUACCGCGCAACAUCAUCCAUCAGUUCAGGACGGUUUCGGCUGUCUCGAGUAUCGCUUGGCACAUCAGACUGAAGCAGUAUUACCCGGAGUCGCAACACAGUACUAGCAUCAGACACAGUCGCGCGGUAAACGAGUCUGCUCAUCGUAUCAAGGAGAAAAAGCCUUUGGAAGCUGUCGGUAUAGGCGACGAGCAGAAGGAGAACACGAAUCGGCAGCGUUUAGAACAGAAACUGUCCAUCGAUUCUCUCGAGAAGGCGAAGGAAAGGGCGGCUGAAUAUCAGGGUAAUCUGAAGAAAUCCGAUCAGCACGGAAAGCACCGUAAGAGUCGACAUCACUCCAGAUCGCACUCGUCGCUCAAACGAAAGGACAAGGAAGAGGGUAGCGACAAUCAGUCGACGGAUCCAUUUGGUAGCACUAAAUCGUCCAAAAGUGAAACGAACGAACAGAAGCAGAGCAACGACAAGAGGGACGAGAAGAGAUCCGAGAAAAAACACAAGGAUCGUCGUCGCAGCAGCGAGAAGUCGAGCAGUCAUCACACGCAUAGUAGCAGCAGUAGCAGCUCCGACACCUGUCACUCCUGCAAGAAGAAAAAAUACGAUAGCAACGGCCACAAGUUGGAUCAUCGUUGUAGCCAUCACGAGAGAUCCAGUAGCAAGAACAUGUCGAGUAAGGAAACCGCUGUCGCUGUGGAAGCGAGAAUAGUCUCAAAGUUUGAUAAUUCGUCUUCCUUGAAGGAGACUAAGAGACGCUUGAGCGGCUCAGAACUGUCUCCAUCGGUGGACACACCUGGGGCCGAAGAGUCUUCUUCGAUUGUUCUCGAGGAAGAAUCACUGAUACAACGGCAAACCGUCGCCAAAACGUACGCCACCGAGGUUGUGGACAGAGCGUUGGAGAUAGCUAUCUACAAAUCGAAGACUGAUGUCGAGGAGGUGUGCCAGUCGCUGCGUGCCGAGGUUUCGGAAGCUUCGAAGGAGGUGCUGGAGAAGAUCCACAAGGAGAGCUUCGAGAUCGCCGAACAAUUGUUUAAAGACGACACCGCGAAGCUGGAGAGAUACUGCCAUUUACUCGAGAUGAAAACCAUGUUGGCGUUCACAUCGAAAAUGGAAUGCGCGACGGAAAAUGCCGUGAAGGCGCUGAUCGAAAUGGCGGAGGACGAGGCAAAGGAAAGAGCGAAAGGCGAGAAAACCGGUGACUUUGCGACCGACGGUAACCCGUACAACGAGAAUCUGGCAGCGACGUCGGCGACAACCGGUGUCUCCUCGUAUUCCUCCUCGUCCGCAAUAUCCUCUACGUCUUCGUCUACCGAGAACGAGAGACACAGCCACAGCAGAAACGGUAGCAGCGACGAGAACUCGCCGAAACCGUCCGAAUGCCACGACAAAUCAAAAUGCAGAUGCAGGGACGAGAAGGAAUGCAGGGAACGGAGGCACAAGAAGAGAAGGGACCAGGAGAGACGGGAGCGGAAGCACGAUCGACAUCACCAUCGGAGUCCCACUCAGUUGAAACCCGAAUCUAAAGUGUCCGAGGACGCCAGCAAGGACGACGCUUUGAGCAUUCCCGGCCUGUCGCACGGUUAUUCCGUCGUCGAGAAAUCGGAGCGGGUGGGCUCGAAGAACGUCGAGAAGAAAUCGGAGGAGAGGAAAAAGAAAUGCCACUGCGAUCAUCACUGCACCCACAGGCACGGAGAGAAGAGGUCGUCCGGCGGUAACGCUAACAAGGAUGGCCACGCGACGUCGAGUCGCUCCCACUCUUCGAGCUCGAAGCACAAGAGGAAACCCAGUUCGUCCGGCGAGCACAAGGAGGCGAAGCUUGAGGCGAAGAGACCGUGUUUGGAGAAGGACUCGACCGCGAGAACCUUUGAAUCGAGCGCGCAGCUGAGCAACGUGGUAAGCACGACGACGGUGACAACGACGAUAACGACGACGACGACGACAACGCCGACGACGCCGACGCCGACACCGAUGACGGCGCCGACGACGACGACGACGACGACGACGAUGAUCGCAACGGCAACAACGACAAAUUCGACGCAUUCGUCGCCGACGAACACUGUUGUGUCGACCACGUGAAAAGGUGAUUUUUUGGCGACUAUAGUACAAUCCGUUCGUUAAGGGCGCGGACCCGUGCACGGCGGAGCGAAACCGGUGUUUUACUUGAGCGCGAAUUCUAAUCGUGUCUUCAUCACGCGCGUCCAGACACGCGGGAAGUGACGGACGACGAAAUAAAUUAUAGACCACGGGAGAUGUACUUUUACUAAAGUAGAGAUCGCCGUGUUUCAAUCCAAAGACGAGAGGUAGGACCUUUACUUGAUCGAGAGUUUGCUACUUUCAUCCUUCUUCCCGCGAUUAUGCAUACAUGCAUAUACAUUUCAACACAAACACGCAUACCACGGAGAAGAGAAUAGCAGGAGGAAACGUAAGAGGAGGAAGGGUUGCGCCAGCGCACGGAAGGAGAGACCCAACAAUUAAGUUUCACUCUUAAUUACGCUACAAAAAUUACCUUUGGGUUACAAUAAUUUGAACGGAAAUGUGAUGUAAAUUUUUACGAGACAACGUCUAGCCUGUUCCAACGGAAUCAAUAACUGCGUAUCGUUCUGAAAUAUACUUACGUCAUUUCGAUCUAAACAAUGUAGUCAAUCAGAUUCACUACCUCGCCUCUCGUAGCCUGCGAUACCCUUCUCGCCCUAACACUCACUCCUGGUAUUCUUUUUUCCAUGAUGCAUACGCCUUAGUCUCAAACAGAGAAGCUAACAAUACGAGAAAGUAGUAUUGUUUUCUAGAAAGUACAUAUGCAUCCGCAUAUAUAUUAUAUAUAUACACGCAUACACCUUCCGACACAGAAUUGCAAAAAUUAUUUUGCUACGAAAGAAAUCCGGACGUCUCGUACACUGCUGAGAGAAUUAAAAUUAAUAUUUAUAGUAUAGAUGACCAAAUGAGCGGCGUAGGAAAAGGGAAUUUGUACAAAUUUGUGAUCGCGGAAAUUGAUCCUAAUUAAUACGACGGAGCUGUGUACUUGUACAUAGAUUAAAAUAUUAUUUCCCUUUCUGAGAACCAUAUCUCACCACGCGGAGGGCUUAAGUUAUUUAUAUUGCGUUAUUCUAUGCGUAAAUUAUUUAUGACGCCUUUUAUUGCCGACCAUUCUGCGCCAACACGGAACCAAGUCCACAUGAUCGCGAUUUCCCAAUUGAUGCGGCCGUACUCUUUUUCGCAAUUUUUAACAGCACAACUAUGAUUCGUGCUAUAAUCAAAUGUUUCUAUCUUAUAUAACAUGUGGAUCGUCUGCAUGUCACAUAAGAUAAAAAUAUUCAUUUAUAUUUCAUAUGUAGAGUGUCUUGACUAGACAUGUUGUACAUAUAUAUACAUAACAUAUAUAUACAUAUACAUAUAUAUAACUUGACAAUUAAGGUACUGAACUAGAAUAAGAAAAACAUUUUUGCACGCGACUUUACGUUUGGUAUUUACAAACCUGUCGCGAAAAGUUACUGACUUGAUAAUAUCACUUAUUAUCUGUUGAGAGAGAAAGAGAGAGAGAGAGAGAGAGUUUAUCUUACCCAGUAAUAGUUAAGUAUCAAGGACAUCUUAACGUACUAGUUGAUGGAUAGUACUAGGUAUCGCCAAUCCCUACAUCUUUUCACGAGGGACGUAAGAUAAUAUAUUUCAGUUAAUCGGAAAAGUCCCUUUUUUCUUUUUCUUCUUCCUCGCCAAUUCAUUAAAACCAUACUAACAGACGUACAAACUCACCGCCUUCGCGAGUAAAAAUGAUUUGACAGUGAAACAUCGCAAACGUUAAUGAUAUUUUCUCUAUCCGAGUACACGACAGUUCUAAAAACAGUCGGUCUAUCGUGUAUCUAAGGGUUGUCGAUUUCGAAGAAACGCUGAUAAAACGAUUAACCAUUUUCUGCGAGUACGACUUCUGCAUUUAAACUGUACAGAGAAAAGUCAGGUUUUACGUAUCUUGACAAAGCUUCGUAUACACAUUUAAUGUGCUGCGCGUUUGCGAUAGUAAAUUUUCUUUCUUUCGUUAUUAAAUACUCUCCUGCAUGUUCCGUUACGUUACAGUGUACAUACACAAUAAUGAUUAUAUUAUAACGAUAAAAUGACGAUGGGCAACGAGAGUAAAACGCAAUUAUUGUUGCGCGAAUUUAUCUUCAAUUAUUUAAUUAAAUUGCAAACGCUUUAACAACCAUUUGUGUCGUCUUCGGGACAGUAAAUAUUUCUCCUAGCACAUAUGUUGCUGAACUUAUUCGAUUUGACCAGCCGGUGAGUACUUCCAGAUUCCAAUAUCCAAAAGUAGGGAAAGUCCGACAUUUUGACCAAGCGAUCAGUUGAUACAAAGCAAAGAAUGUGACUCGGGCUAUAAUUAAUACACGACAACCGUGUAAAAUGUAUUUACAAAAUCACUGUAUUAAUUAUAUUCUGAGUUACAUUUGUUCCUUUGUACCAACUGACGUUGAUCAAAAUGUCGGACCUCUACUUUUGGAUAUUGAAAUCUGAAAGUGCUCAUCGACCGGCCAAACUAAUUGUAAGUCAAGUAACACGUGUACUAGGGAAAAUAUUAUUCCGAGAAUGACACAAACAGACGUUGAAACAUUUACAAUUUAAUUAUACGAUCGAAAAACAAAUUCGUGCAACAAUAAUUGCGUUUUACUCACAUUGCCCAUUGUCAUUUUAUUGCAGAAUUUCGAGAGUCUAAUUUAUGUAUUUUUUAAUAAUUAUGUUCGCCGUAUACUUUAUUAUAUUUUGUAAGUUUAUCAUAUUUAGCACGAUAUACGUUACUAUGAUUCUUACAUAAGAGAGACAUUAAUAAAAAUGUCGAUAUAUACGUUGUGUUACGCUUUCGUUAUACAUGUAAACCCGUUUCUAGAGCUGACACAGCAAUUUUAUUUUCACUUCACUUUAUAUUAGUUCCUUCACGUUACGUUUUUAAUAUACAGAAUAUACAAAAUAAAGGCUUGAUUUAAUAUACAGAAACAUAGAAGCUUGUAAGUCGAGAAAUAAAACAGAUUUAGCUUGAUUUUCAGUUGUAUCGACGUUAUAUUAAAGUAGUUUUCAACCACAGGUUUGUUGUAAUGCGAUUUCUUAAGAUAAGUUUGUGGCAGCGUGAACAACAUUUCUUCCUUUUCUUUUUUCCAAAAACAAACCAAGAACGGAAUGCCGAAUGAGUAAAGAGAUAAGAAUGUAUUUAUUGGGUAAUAGAGUACGACGAAAGUGUGUACACAGAUGAUAAGUGUGUACGUCUGUAGUAAUUUGCGGCCGCGGAGGACACACGCGAUUUACUGUAUAAAAUCGUUGGAGCGUAUAAAACGAUGGAGAGUGUGAGUGUAAAUUGCAUAAAUUCUAGUUCCAUAGAAUCGUAGGUGCCUAAAGUCAGCAAUGAUCCAACGAGAUCGUGAAAGGUGAACCUAUUCGUCACCGCAGAGAGAGACUUCUUUUUAGAACACUUUUCUAUCCCGGAGACUCUUUUUCCGAAAGUCCGUUUUCACGCUCGAGACGACGAGCGAGCUUUUCGGCGGAUUGAGACCGAACGAGAGACGAAGAGGGAGAGCUCGCGCGAAAUGAAGAGAAUCCUGAAACGCGAAAUUCGACAAGCGGAUAAUUACUUAAGAAGAACACCGAACGGUGCGUCCGUGAAAUGAAAAGGACCAAAUUGAUUAACAGAACGAUCCGCACACGUGUCCCUUCCACGAGGAGGGAGGCUGGGAUCAAUCGGCGACACUUUUUGAAAUUCGAGUCAGGAUGUAGAGUUCUCCUCUUACGAUUGAGCCCAAGCUCCCCUAGAUUAUUCACUCGAAGCAGUAACGGUGAAAUUAAAUAAUCAUAGGUGCUGGAUACUGAAUACGCCACUUGAUAUUUUAAGGUGCCUUCGCUCUGUUCGUUGCAGUAAAGCUGUACCGGUAACCACCGAUCAUUUAUCCGAUCUAUAAAGAUAAAUCUUUAUUUCCACGUGCGUAUGUGUGCGUACGUGCGUGCAUGUGUAUGUGUAUGUGUAUGUGCGCGUGUAUGUACAAGUAGAGCGUGUAAAUGUUAAUCAGCAACGACUAACACGAGCGUACGUGUUGCUUUCGCUCCUAGAAACAUUUCAUCGCGCACGCGAAUUUUCGAGAGGGGGAGAAAGAGAGAAGUAAAGAGAGAGAGAGGGGGAGCAACAAUGAGAAUUUUCUUUUCGCAAAAGAGACUUGUAGACUGUACAGUGAACACGUGUGUAAAUAACUGUAAGAUAUUGGAAUUAGCUUAGGUCGUCUUAGAAGAAGUCUCGUCGUGCUGAACGGAGGGCAUGGCCAGUCUUCCUUCGAAAAUCCCGACCGUAGUGCGAGUAUUAAAUUAAGAGAACCAGAAUAUACACCGACGAGUUAGUGAAAAAUACUUGUUUAACUAAUGAAAGGGCAGAAGGUUGGAUUGAGACUAGAAGGGCAGACAGGCAUCAUUUUUGGAAUAGAUAUAUGUACAUAAAGCAGAGUUUAAGCUAAAUUAAGUUUACGUUAAUUAAGAAUACGGAGGCGAGGGGCGAAAUUGAAAAAUCAAAAGAGUACACCUUGGCAGUCGACUUUUCUAGUCUCAUUCUAUAAUGUUGCCGGGAGUUAUGCAGAAGGGAGAUAAAGGGAUCUUUGCAAACUUCCUUUUAUUGAAGUAGAAGAAGAGGUGGUCCGCGUCGAUGGAUCUAUUCUUUGUAGCCGCUAACACUUUUAUUGUCGAAUUCUCCCUUCUUCGAGGAGCGACUGACUGUGUCUGCUUUCAUUUUAGUUUAAACACAGGAAGCACAACGAGGUGCUGUUAAAAAGAAUAGGCUCGAUAAAUUGACGCGCGUCGACUUCAAGCCUGAUCUACAGCGUGCUCUUUGCAUCUGGAAGCAUUCUAUUUUGUAGCCAAGUUGAUAAAUCGCCACAUUUUUUAAGCAUUUUGAUUUGCUUAUAUGAGAUAAAAUGUUUCGAGACGCGUAGAGCACGCUGUAAGUCAGGCUGCCGUGUCUCGCGGUCUUCGUGUUUAGGAAUAGUAUCUCCCCUUGUCGAUAGACCCACAUUGUCGAAUGUACAAAAUCUCGUCGACGUCAGUUAAACGAAAAGUGCAAUCACGCCGCGUGACCCGCAUAAUUGAUUUUCUGUCGUAAAACGAGGCUCGGGAUCGAUCGAUCGAAUCCGACAUUCGCGACAGCCGCGUCUCGUUCGAGCGGAAAAAAAAGCAGUAUAAUGCGAAGCGAAUCCAAUGGCCGGUUUGACCGACAUUUCUCACGUCAAUUUAACAAUUCCGAGAGACAUGUGUAACAAAAGUAAAAACACUCGUGUAACGAGCUACAAGGCGCGUCCCAAGUCGUAUAAAUAUUGUAUUACUUUACCAUGGACCGAUUAUUUCAAAGGAAGAAAGGAGACGUUAUAUUGACCGAUGAGGACACAAAUUUUUUAUAUCUUACACUAUGCUCAUAGAAUAGGCGUCGCAAGAUUGACUGAACGACAACGUCCGAAAGCAGUCUUUUUCUUUCAAUUAAACGGACGUUGGUGUAGAACGUUAUUAAUUUCGAUAUGUAAGCGAGAGACACGUUUUGCAAUACUUGGGCCCGGUUUCACCAACGUUGUUUAACUUAAAAGCGUAGCUUAAUUCGUUCUUUGUCUCUUUCCAACUGUUACUUUAAAAAGAGACAAACGUGAAUUAAACCAAGAUCAAAGUUGAGCGACGUGUGGUGAUACCGGACCGUUAGAAAUCCGAAGACAAGAGUAUGGUCGGCUUCGUCCCGUUUCAAUCUCUCUUUCUCGCUCCCUCAGAUCCGUACCGCAGAUCGCGAUCCCCGCAACUCGCCCCCCCCCCCCUGAAAAUACUUUCAGUUUCGAUAAUCGUCUCGCUCUGGCGCGAGCGACCGAUCCCUCAGAGAAUUGCCGUUCGUCCCACGGCAUUAUAUAUAAGCAGAAAUAGACGUAAAGAAACAAUUGUGUGAAGCAAUGACUUCCUCGCGACACAAUGGGGAGCCUGGGGGAUCGGGAGAGAACGGGAAGGCGGUGACUACGCGAACUCGUGCACCGAAAACUUUCGCUCGGGCGGAAUUGUAUUCGCUCUCUCUGUACAUUUCUGUAAAUAUACCCCUAGACACUCGGCAUGCACGCCGCGAUGCGACGAUGGCCCGGGACGGAAACGAAACGCCGGGACAGGACGCAAGGAGCGACGUACAAUGUGCGAUAGGUUGCUGAUCGCAGAGCUGGUUAAGAGAGAGGAAGAGUUGUCAAAGAUGAUUAUCUGAAAUAUACAAUUCCAAAUUAACGAUUGAUAAUUGGAACGGCACAAUUGGAGACUUACAAACUUGGUGAAGGAGUAUAACGUGUAUUUUUUUUCUCCGCUUGUCCCUUGCUCUUUGUGUCUUGCGUGCGUAUCGUGUCCCAACUCGAUGAUUGAACGUUCGCUUGUAAAGGAAAAUCAAUGUAACGGGAAGAGGGGAACAGCACGCGGUAGUUAGCGCAUUGGAGGUUUAAUUAUCGCUAUCGAACAACACACACACAGACACAGAGUAUAUAUAGGAUGUACCAUUUUAAUCUAUCACCCCCAAAAACUUUUUAAUCGUAGAAAAAAAUACUUCAAACCAAAGUUGUUUGGGUUGAGUAGGGACGUGAUGUUACGUUCAAGAAAUUUCAAAGGCCACUAAUAAAUGGAACUCUAUUGUUUCAUUGAGAGGUAAUCUUGCCGAAAAGUUUUCAAAACACUAUGAUAGUGUUUUUUUUUUUCGUUCAGUACUUUUCGAAUUAUGCAUAAACGGGGCUCGAAGUUUGCAAUACUUUCACUCAAAAAGUACUUGAUUCUAGUGGCUUGAAAACGUCUCGACGAGGUGUGUAACUUUUAUCUCGAGGAAAAGAUACAAGUUUCAUUAAAAUAAUUAGCCGUCUUUAUGAAGUUUCUUGAAAAAGGGCGACGUCUUCGAACAUAACUCACAUCGAAAUCUCGUGGCCUCCUUUAAACCGAACAACUUUUGUCCAACUUUGUUUUUCUCUACGACCGAAAAUGAAGUUUUUGGGGAUGAUAGAUAGAAAUGGUACACUCUGUAUGUGCGUACAUGCAUACGUACGUACUCACGUACGUAUGUAUACGUGUAUUCGACACGGCUAUUAUUCUAUUAUAUACACGAUAUAUAUUUGCGUUGACCAGUGAGGAAUCGUAAAGAAAUAAGAGCAUAUAGUUAUAAAUAUAAAUAUCGUAGCGUUUAGUUUUACAUAUUAUACCCGUCACACGUGUAGAAGUCGCAUUCCAACGUCUAAGUUUUUAAUGAAACAAAUAAAUUACUUUGGUCAAAAA